AAUUUUAUUAAUUUUCAAAGAAAUAUGGCAUCGGUUCAUUGUCAACUAUGGAUGGGCAGUCUGGAGUCGUACAUGACGGAGAACUUCAUAAUUGCCGCUUUCCGAAAAAUGGGCGAGGAUCCGACCACGGUGCGGCUGAUGCGAAAUAAGUACACAGGGGAGCCGGCUGGCUACUGUUUUGUGAACUUCAUUUCCGACGACCACGCAUUAGAUGCCAUGCACAAGUUGAACGGGAAACCCAUUCCCGGCACUAAUCCUAUCGUGCGCUUCCGUCUCAAUUCCGCCAGCAAUUCGUACAAACUGCCAGGAAACGAGCGGGAGUUUAGUGUCUGGGUGGGUGAUCUCAGUUCCGACGUGGAUGAUUACCAGCUGUACAAGGUCUUCUCCAGCAAGUUCACCUCCAUUAAGACGGCAAAGGUGAUUCUGGAUAGUCUUGGAUUCUCAAAAGGCUAUGGAUUCGUGCGCUUUGGCAUCGAAGAUGAGCAGAAAACGGCAAUGUACGAUAUGAAUGGUUACAUCGGGCUGGGCACUAGACCCAUCAAAAUCUGUAACGCUGUGCCUAAGCCCAAAGCCGAACUGACGGCUGCCCUCGGUAGUAGUGCCACUGGUUAUGGAUAUGGUACGGGCACUAGCGGAACCACUACAUCGACUAGCAGCGGAACGGAUUACUCGCAGUACUAUGACCCUACUAGCACCUACUGGCAGGGCUACAAUGCUUGGCAGGGAUACUAUGACCAAAGUGGCGGUCCCUCGAUUACGGAUGCUGCAGCCUACUACCAGCAGGCGAUGUCCCAGUCCCAUUCCAAUCCCCAGACCCUCGCCCAGCACGCAGAGGCCUGGAGUGCUCAGCGCAGUGCCCAAUACGAGCAACAGCAGCAAAACGCAUCCGCCAAUGGAGCGGAUGGUGAGUACGGGCUGGUUGAGCACAAGUUCACCCUGGAUGUGGACAAGAUGAACCGUGAGACCAUUGAUGCAGAUCGGCUUUUAUACGAUGCUUUGGAGAGCUCCAAAUGGUUGCCAAUCGAGCAACUGGAGGUAUUUUAAGGACUGUAU